AUGCAUUUUGUGAUGGCAUCGUGUUCCAUUUUGUUCUUCACUCUAUUUUUGACAAUUGUUGAAACCAAGUUCUACAGACCCUUCCAGUUUAACCAGUAUAAAGCUGGGCUCAGUCCACAUCAUGAACAAGGGAAACCCACCAGCAGACACAAGAAUCAUUGUGCCUAUGUUGUUGAAAAGACAGUGUCCUUCACUGUGCAGGAUGGGGCAGCACCCUAUGUAAAAGCAGAGUACAACAAGUGUUCCUGGGGUCAAAAAUGUCCAACUCUUCUGUAUCGUCUGAUGUACAAACCAACAUACAAGGUGGCACAUAAAACUGUCACAGAGCUGGAGUGGCGUUGUUGUCCUGGUUACUCUGGUUAUGGUUGUAUGGAGGGACCUCCAGUUUACCAACACCCAAUGAAAAUGAUGCCGCCAUUCGAAGGCCCACCAAUGAAAGGCCCACAAUUCAAGGGCCCACAGUACAAAGGUCCCAUGUUCAGGGGUCCCAUGUUCAAGGGUCCACCUAUCAACAGUGUUAUGAAGGCCAACCCAUGGAGUCAACCCAAAGGACCUCCCACUAGCAGUUUUCACUCUUACCCUAUGCCCCACUUUGGGCCUCCAGGGUCUUCCUCCUACCCAGACACCUCCUUUGAGCCGUUUCCACCUCAACCAGAGCCAGAGACAAAGCCAGAGCUACAAGAACCACAUCACACAGAGCAUGACCAACAGCAUGAGCAUGAUCAUGAGCUCGAGCACAGCCAAGGACCUGAGGAACACAUACCAGACGAAAUCCCUCCCAUUCCCUCUGGUGUUGAACAGCCUGAGGGUGAACCAAUAGACAGCGAAACAGAGGAACGAAUAUUUCGAAUGGAGGAGGAUGUGCAACGUCUAAACCAGGGCCUGGAGACCCUGAGGGGUACUGUGAAUGGACUGGAACAUAGUCUACGGGCCUCACUAAGAGAGGAUGCCAACAGGAUGCUGUCAGCUCUGCUCUCAGCUGUCCCGGGCCCCGUUCCUGCUCCGGCUGUUUCCUCUAGUCCGGACACUGUGGGGUUUGUAGAGAUUCCUGGGGGAGAUUCUGACACAGAGGGUCUAGAUGGCAGACAUGUGUUUCCAGGCCUUACAGAACUGAAUGGAAGAGUGGAGGAGCUCAAGCUAGAGCUUAAAGCCAAGACUGCAGAGCUGCAGGAACUAAAAACGACAGUGAUGGGACACGAUGGAGCACUGAAAAAGAUGUCAAAUACAGAAGGUGCUGUAUCAAACACCACUGACAACCUUGGAGGCAGUGCGCCAGGGGCUUUGGAGAAGUUAAUGGAUGCGAAGCUGAGCGAGGCAAGGACAGAAAUUCUUGGUGGGAUUGAGAAGCGUGUGGAGAGUGCAGAAGGUCGAUGUGAGGAGAAAGCCGGGGAUGUGCGUCGUCAGUGCCAGAGGGAACAAGGUGAGAGGCAGGAGCAGAUGGAAGAUGCUCUGGAGGAAAGUAACGCAAACUUAAGAUCAGACCUGAGAAAGCUCCAGGCACAGAUUCAUGGUUUAAAGGCUACAGAGAACUGCAGUAAUAGUGUGAGUGGCCUGAUAGAAAGGGUGCAGCACUUGGAAACAUCAGUGGCAGGCCUAAACCAGUCCCAGGGGCACCUGAGAGUGGAGCUGGGAGCACACAAGGACCAUAUAGAGGGGAUUCUGGAGGGGCGUCUGGGGUAUGUAGAGGACAAACUCAACUUGACUGGGAAGAUUCAAAGUGAUGAGGCUGGAAGGAGGGAUGGUGUCUUAGACAAAGCCAUGAAUGGACUUGGCCUGGAGUCCAGAAUGGAGGGUAAGUUGAGGGCUGUUGAAUACCGGUUACUGACAGCUUUGGAGGAGCUGGGUAAUGCCACGGCCCCUGCUCUGCUGGAGGGUCAUGCUGUUCCAGCUCUUGAGACAGAACUUGAGUCCUUGCAAGAGAGAAUAGAGGUGGAUGUCGACAGACUGCAGAAGCAACUAAGCAGCCUUGAGAGACUCUGCUCCUCUUCCUGUUCCUCACCACAAAAUUCAGUUGCCAUCCAGGGAGAUUCUGCUGCGUCAAAUGCUGACCUGGAAAAGCAGCAGGAUUUGAAAGAGGUUCUUGACAUGCAAGAUGACCGUUUGCGCAGGCUUAAUGCCACACUAAACAACAUACUUAGGCGACUCACCCGCAAAGACCAACAGGAUCAAGUAGAGGGAGGCCAUCCCACCCAAGGACAGCUCACAAUCCUCAAGUUCAAUGUCCGCUCAGUCAACCACACCCUGAAGAGCCUCCAGGAUUCACUUGGGACAGUGGCGCAUCAGGUAGGUCAAGCAAACAACUCCUGGCAUGAGAGAGAGGCCCGUCUAGCCCAGCAGAUAAAGGGUGUAGUCCAGCUGGUUGGGCACCAGGCCUCAAUGCUUGGGUCAGGUGAGCGCAGACUGACUCGUCUUAAGGCUGAGCUGCAGGAGUUGAGGCGAAGGCUAGCUGAGGAGGUCGGAGGCUGUCGAAGCACUGCUUUGGGGGUCCAGAAAGAGGUAACUGUGGUUGGGGGGCGUGUCGCCAAUGUGGAGGACAAGUGUAAUGGCCUGAAUUUCCUGGCAGAGGACCUGGAGAGAAUCAGGCAAGAGUUGGAAGGUCAAUCCAGCGGCCUCCUCCAGCAGGUCAACGGGACUCUCUCUAGUCAUGCUCAGCAGCUUUCUGAGCUUAGAGCUGAACUCAGAAACUGCACCUCCAAGGCAGAGCCAACACAACAGACUCUUGAACUGGAAACAGAGCUGAAACGAGGGGACACCUUCACUUUAAAUUAG